CCAGCGUAUGUACCAUAUAAGCAGAAUCGCAGCGAGUGUAUUUGUGGCGCGAAAGUCCACUCUUGACAUCUCGCGCUCUUUCCAACUUUUCAUGGCCAGCUUAGGGUUUCGUCCUCCUCAAUUCUCUGAGGAUUUAGCUUGGCUACCUCCUUGGCUUCAGAAUCUUCAAGUAGAAUCAUCUGAUACUAACCACUUAAAGGAACCCCAAACUAUUAUUAGUCAAUUACAAACUUUUUCAAGGGAAGAGGGUAGAUACAAUAGUUGUCACUUGUUCUUGUCUGGAGAAGAUACUUCCCAAAAUAGUGCUUCUCUUUCGCCAGGGAAUGCACUGCAUCUUCGUUUACAUCUAUCUUCAUACGGGGAAUCAAUACAUAGCCAAACCCAGGAUUUGUGUGCAUCUCAAGCCCUGCAUGGCUCUAGUAAAGUUCUGUUAUUGCCACAAGUUGAAGCAUCUGGUGGCUCACAACAGAAAGCAUGUCAAUCAAAAGUGGUUGAUGGUGUAAAAAUUUCAAAUCUGACUUCUGUCCCAAUAGCUGUCGAGAAAGUUUGUCCAGAGUCUCCAACCAAUAAUGAAGAAUUUGCGAGGCAUUAUGAAGAAGAAGUUUAUCAUAAUGCUGGUGCAGUAAUAACAAAAUCCGACUCUCCAAUAAUGGAGAAUGCUGGUCAUUCAUCUCGCGCCAAGUGUAUGGACAGCAGACAGCAUGAAGAAAAAUUCAAUGUUAGACACAUCAACGAUGCUGAUGUCAGUGAUGCAGUUGAACUUUCUAUAGCUGCAUCUGAAGCAUUGGCUAUACAUGAAUUGAUGAUAACUGGAUCAACUUUAGAAUUUUUGCCAACAGGAACUAUUCUUGAAGCUGCACUUCAGGUUAAGCAAGCACGGUUGGAGGCUUUAGAAGAUGGCAUCUGCUCCUCGUCUGAAGAAAUUGAUGAGAUUGAUUUUCUUUCAGACUUAGAUGACUUAAUUAUGGAGAAUGCCUUUCUAGAUGUGGGGUUAUCUCUCAACAAUCCUGAUGGUCAGCAUGCUUGCGGUUCAGAUGCCUCUCAAGUGAAGGAUACUCCUGUAUUGGAAAAUCAUUAUAGGCAUAACAAUGAAUCCAAUAUUGUACAGCUCAUGUCUCAACAAGAUAAAGUUUCUGAUGGUUCGGCUCUGGGUUUGGAGUUCUCUAAUGUGGCAAGCCUUGUUGAUCCCAUCUUACAUCAGCCUGCUGAGAAAAUUUCACAUGUUUCAGCAAUGGCUCAGCCUUCAGAUGAUAUAAGCUCAUCUCCAGCUUGUAUUUCAGAAAAUGCUGAAGAAGGUAGAGAAUGUUAUUUAGUUGCAGAUAGAUUCAGAAGCCGCUGGUUGGGUGGCUGGACAGUGAAGGAAGCGGAUGCGUCUGCAAAGUUGAAGCAGAACAACACGAAAGGCAUGCUGAAUUUUUUUGAUGGUGAGACAAGCUUUCUCUCUGAGUCUGCAGAUGUUGCUGCUGAUGAGAACUCUUUUGUCCGGAAACUUGAAGCUGGAUCCAAGAUAGCUUCACCAUCUAGCAUACCCUUUGAAGGUGUACUAGAAAAAGCUGAUGAGGGGAUUUUGAUUUCCCAAGAGGUUGGAUCUUGUAAUCAAUCUUUGGUGGAUCCUCUUUGUUCUGUUGUUCCUUGCAGUAUCUCUUCAGAGAAUGCAAGUUCUCCUUCAGCUCGGAAUCAAGAUAAUAGAAAAAAUGAUGCCCAAAACUGCUUCAGCACCGAAUCAGGACAUAAGAUGGAGAAUUUCCAGAGACAGAGGAUGUCAGCUCUUAACGUUGAAUCUGUCUAUGUGGAUAAGGAAGUUAUGCCCAUAAUUACUGGUGAUUGUUCUGAGGCUCCAGUUCGAAGGCAGCUGGCCUCUCUUAGGACUUACAGCACAUUGUCACCAAAACAUGAUACCAUUUUGAAGGGGCAGAGACUUUAUCAGAAUCAACAGUUAUCAUCAGAACACGUUGAACUGCUUUUGUCAAAUCAGUUUGAUCAUUGUCAUAAUUCUGAUGAUCAGAAAAGCUUUAAAUGUUUCUUGCCUCCCAGGUCUGAAUUUGAGUGUACUGUUGGUAGAGAUCAUGAACAAAAUCAGGACACCAUUGUUAUCAGGAGUCCAGUUUCAGAUCAUGAUGAACCUGCAAAGGAUGGGGCUGAGCUCCAACUUCAGCCUUCAGUACCAAGGAGGUCACCUCUUAUUCUAAACCGAAGGACGCGCUGCCAUCUGCAGCCUUCUGAAUUUCUUGAUAAAAAGUUAUCUGGCAAGAGAAGUCCUGAACAGAUUUCAGCACAAGGAACUGGAAGGAAGCCUAUUCAUAGUUGUCAAAAGAUAAAAUCUAAGUUGCAAAAUCCCCCUAAUGCUCCAAAUUUGGUUAGGAAGCGAGUUUGUUUCUCAGAGUUUGAAAUUGAGCUUCAGCAGGAUAAGGAUGUCCAAAAGCCAAAAAGUUCACAUAGAAAUUGUUUUGCUGUCAGAGCUAAUAAAAGGUCAAAAUAUUCGAAGUUGCGGUCUGACUCUUGGACUCAAGAUGUGAAAAGUUGUUUCAGAAGUCACAUAAAUGAUGUGAAAAUAUUGAUAUUUCAUGGUCUAGAGUUCUUGCUUACAGGAUUUUCUAGUCGAAAGGAAAGAGAAAUUGUCAGACUAAUACAAGAAUAUGGUGGCAUGGUUCUCUUGGAUGUCCCAUCUCCUCCUUUAAAUUCUGGGGCCAAGAGAAGGACAAAAUCUAAUUUCCAAAAGCUUCCUAUUGUUAUAUGUUCAAAGAAGCUACAAACUACCAAGUUCUUGUACGGUUGUGCAGUUAAUGCUCCCAUUCUGAAAGUAAAGUGGCUUGCUGAUUCAAUUGCCGCAGGUUCACUUGAACUUCCUGAAAAAUACAUGGUUCUACCCAAUCAGGCUGGUUCGCAGUAUAAAAAAAUUGGGAAGUCAGAUUAUCUUGAUGAUAGUAGUCGUAUUUUUCACAGAGUAGGGAUCAUGCUCCAUGGGAAGCACAGUUUCUGCACCAAAUUGGCAACAAUAAUCAAGCAUGGAGGCGGGCAGGUGUUCAAAACUCUUCAAAGGUUGUUUCUAAGUCUUGAAGCUGAAAAGAUAUCUGUGGGAGCUAUUGUUGCUGAGGAUGAGUGUAGAGCAUCGCGCCACUUGAAGCACUGUGCCUUAGAGAGGAAAAUACCUAUGAUGCCAGCCAGCUGGAUAGCAAAGAGCUUACAUUUUGGUAAGCUUCUUCCUUUCAAAGAAAGGGACGAUACUCCAACAAUUAAGGCGCCAAAGUCUUCUGCCUCCUUUGAUUGGAGUGAAGAGAUCUGAAGGUUGCUUUUCAAAUGCACAAAUGAGUUUGCACCCUGUAGGUAAGGAAAUUGCGACUUCAAAUGGCUUGGAACUUCAUAGUUAGUUAUACCCAAUAUUACAUGCUUUCAUGUGCUCUAAGAAGGAGGGUUGAAUAAGGAAAAGUGGAUUUGAUACUGUCAUACUGUUUAUUCUGUUCAGGGAAUACAACGACAUUGUCUUAUCUGCCAGAAAACACAAUAAAUACACCAAGCAAGAUGCUGAACAGAACAUGAGGGAGGAAGCCAUUUGAAUAUAUGCUAUGCCACUCAUUGUUCUGUAUUCUACACUGCACUAUUCUUGAACACCAGAGAAGAACCAGCCAGCUUUUGUUCCAUGGUCUUGUUUAGACGUUUCACCAUUGCUGGGGUAAGAAGAUCGACCCAACCCCCUACCUCACCUCUUCUGAAUAAGGUCUUAUUCUCAAAGUUUAAGAAAGAUUUACCGUUCUUGUUUGCCUCCAUAUCCUUCAAAUUGCUGAAGCUACAUAAGUUGGAUAUCACUUCUACCACUUCAUCUCUCUUCAUCCAAAGAACACGGGAAACCCGAGAACUUGGCCAACUUUUUCACCUGAGAAUUUAUGUCCUCCUUCAAGUCCUCAUACUUCAGAAAUAACACCUUGUCUGAUCUCUUUAAACUUUCCUUUUAGUAUCCUUUCACGUGGUCAAAAAAGGGACCAUACGCUAGAACCCCCCGGCAGAACUUAUCAAAACAAUCAUUCAGUGGAAGUGGUUCAAAACUUGCAGGUCUUGCUUUGUUGGCGAAAUGCCAGUAAGAUACGAAAGUGUCGAAGGGGUCUCGAGAUAAAUAAACUCUUCGGAAAUUGGAGUUCUUGAUGGAUUCUGCAACGAUGGAUAUGGUAUGUGAGUGGCAAAUAUCCUAGGAGACAGAAACGUAGACAGGUCAGGAAUUUGGUUAUUUGCAUAAAGCUUUUGCUCAAAGAAAGGUACAAGCUCAUGAGGAUUGAAGGAAUGCAAUGGGCUUUGUGAGGGUGUGUACCUUGCACGGUGGACAAUAGCAAAUGCCAAGGCCUUCAACCAAGUGGUGCUUGAUUUAGGCGUGGUGAUGAGUAUGAUAUCUGUGUGCUCUGCUUGAAAAUGCUUUUGAAAUGAAACUAUGGAACGAAUCUCGUUUGGGGUGCGCCAAAAGCCUUGGUAAAGAUAGAAAUAAUUAGGUCGCCAUUCCCUUUUCUUUGGGAAGGGAUGACGAUAGAUCAUCAGAUUUAUCACUCUCUCGCUCCUGUUUCUUUGAGAGUUCUGUUCAAGUACCCUGUCUUCCAUGGGAGGUGUUUGGCUAGAUAGGCAAAUCAAGAGCAACUCUUUAAAUUCUUUGAAGUUCACAUCACCAUGUACAUGUUUAUAGAUUAACCAAAUAAAACAGUAACGCAUUAUGAGGAAACUUCAAAUUUCUAGCCAAACAAAAUAUUGUGUC